AUGGGCAUGCUGCCACCUGCACCUAAUGCCAUUGGUAGACCUGUGCAACCUGCCAAGCAGAACACUGCCGCCUCCCGACAGUUCUCUCAAAACCCGGUGAUGAGGCAAGGAGAAGGAGGCAAGGAGAAGGAGGCAAGGAGAAGGAGGCAAGGAGAAGGAGGCAAGGAGAAGGAGGCAAGGAGAAGGAGGCAAGGAGAAGGAGGCAAGGAGAAGGAGGCAAGGAGAAGGAGGCAAGGAGAAGGAGGCAAGGAGAAGGAGGCAAGGAGAAGGAGGCAAGGAGAAGGAGGCAAGGAGAAGGAGGCAAGGAGAAGGAGGCAAGGAGAAGGAGGCAAGGAGAAGGAGGCAAGGAGAAGGAGGCAAGGAGAAGGAGGCAAGGAGAAGGAGGCAAGGAGAAGGAGGCAAGGAGAAGGAGGCAAGGAGAAGGAGGCAAGGAGAAGGAGGCAAGGAGAAGGAGGCAAGGAGAAGGAGGCAAGGAGAAGGAGGCAAGGAGAAGGAGGCAAGGAGAAGGAGGCAAGGAGAAGGAGGCAAGGAGAAGGAGGCAAGGAGAAGGAGGCAAGGAGAAGGAGGCAAGGAGAAGGAGGCAAGGAGAAGGAGGCAAGGAGAAGGAGGCAAGGAGAAGGAGGCAAGGAGAAGGAGGCAAGGAGAAGGAGGCAAGGAGAAGAAGGCAAGGAGAAGAAGGCAAGGAGAAGAAGGCAAGGAGAAGAAGGCAAGGAGAAGAAGGCAAGGAGAAGAAGGCAAGGAGAAGAAGGCAAGGAGAAGAAGGCAAGGAGAAGAAGGCAAGGAGAAGAAGGCAAGGAGAAGAAGGCAAGGAGAAGAAGGCAAGGAGAAGAAGGCAAGGAGAAGAAGGCAAGGAGAAGAAGGCAAGGAGAAGAAGGCAAGGAGAAGAAGGCAAGGAGAAGAAGGCAAGGAGAAGAAGGCAAGGAGAAGAAGGCAAGGAGAAGAAGGCAAGGAGAAGAAGGCAAGGAGAAGAAGGCAAGGAGAAGAAGGCAAGGAGAAGAAGGCAAGGAGAAGAAGGCAAGGAGAAGAAGGCAAGGAGAAGAAGGCAAGGAGAAGAAGGCAAGGAGAAGAAGGCAAGGAGAAGAAGGCAAGGAGAAGAAGGCAAGGAGAAGAAGGCAAGGAGAAGAAGGCAAGGAGAAGAAGGCAAGGAGAAGAAGGCAAGGAGAAGAAGGCAAGUGCCUGUCACUGAGUAAGAGUGGCAAGCUUUUCACAUAUCAUGGCAGCAAGAGCUUCUACUCAGCAGACCAGGACCUGUCACUGGGUGUGAGGGACAAGCUUUUGGCAUAUCAUGGCAGCAAGAGCAUCCACACAGCACACUAG